UUUCCAUAUAUUUUGUUGUUCUAUCAUCCUGCCCUUAAUAAUUCACACAAAACAGGAACAAGUGUUCAACUGAUUCCAACUUUUACCGAUUAGUAUGUAGUGUACUGUUUUGCUACUUACAAAUAAUUAGAUGCUUACUAGUGAGUUCUUGGUACACGGAUUUGAGUUGUUUUACUCGAAGCCAACGAGAACCAAAACGUCAAGCAUAUAAAUAUAAUAUAAGAAUCCUUUUAUCCCUUAUUUGCUUGAUCAGGUAGAUUCACUAAAGUAACCAUGUCUUCCGAGACAGCUCAAGUUAGUUCGUUACCAUUGCCUCCCAUGCAGUAUAUAAAUUUUUACACUGAUGAAAAUGUUCGAAGAAAUAGAGCACCAUUACCACCGCGACCAAUCCAUGACUCCUAUUCAAUGUUUGGGCACACAUUUAAUGCAGACGAUACAAUUAUACGCUCACUGGAGAGUCAGGGUUUUCGAAGACUAUACCCGAUGCACUUUGAGAGACGGCGAGAAUUGAAGAAACUUAAUCACUCCUUACUAGUAAAUUUCCUAGAUUUAUUAGAUCUACUGGUCCACUGUCCUGAUUCUCCUAAAAGAGCAGAAAAAGUUGAAGAUCUCAGUUUAUUGUUCAUUCAUAUUCAUCAUUUACUGAAUGAAUUCAGACCUCACCAAGCCAGAGAAACAUUAAGAGUAAUGAUGGAAUUGCAAAAACGUCAACGUGUUGAAACUGCCACAAGAUUUAAAAAACACUUGGAUAAAGUUCAGGAUAUAUUGCAAAGUGCUCUUCAAAGCUUACCAGAUCAGAAUGAAAUGGAGUCCAACUUCAAAGUGCCUGUGGAAAUACUAGAUCACAUGGAUUGCAGUUCCAAUGAUAUCUCAAACCAAGACCCUUGUUAUGAACUGGACCGCAUCAUGUGUAAUGUUGUUGAUAAUAUGAGAUGAAGAUAAUGUAAUAGUUUUGCUAGAUAUAAGAUUAAAUUACAUUCAUUUUUACUUCCAA